AGGCUACAGUGUAACAUGGCAACAGACUGUCAACAAAUCGAGGGAAAUGAGCUGACAAUUAAUACAGGGAAAUAAAUUGUUGACAUGAGGAGCAUGACGCAUCAGCUGUUGGAUGGUGGAGAAAGACAACAUAAAGGUCACGUUCCCCGCCUAGAUGACAAAUAAUGUCGGCCAUAUCAGUCUUUACCGACGCACCCAGAGCUCCGCUUAAACAAGAGACAAGGAUCCUAUCAGACUUCAAGAGAGACGCUCACCCCGAGAAGGUGUACCUUGCAGGACGUGAGUACCUAAGUGAAGAUGGGCACUCCAGAAUGCUUCCCCUGGUAUGGAAAAUAAAGCAACAAAUCGGCUCAGAUCCUACCCUCACCCCUGAGUAUCUCUCUGCUCUUGGUCUCUCCGAGUUCUCCAAACGAGUGGUGGAGCUCGCCCUGGGCAAAGACAGUCCUGCCAUAGUGGAAAACAGGGUGCUCGGCACGCAGACGGUGGGCUGCACAGGAGCUGUGAGGCUGGGGGCAGAGCUGCUGCGUCGCUGGUGCAACCGCACUGCGUCCUGGUGUGGACCCAUCCUGCUGCCCUCUCCCUGUGAUGACUCGCUCGCUGGGACGUUUGAGGCGGCGGGCUUCGCGGACGUGCGCUCCUACCGCAACUGGGACGCGAAGAGCCUGGGCGUGAGCGUGGAGGAGCUGUGUAAGGACCUGGCGGAGGUUCCGGAGCAGAGCGUGGUGGUGUUCUCUUGCCCCGGACACUACCCCACGGGGGCAGAGCUCACCACCGACGACUGGAAGCUCGUGGCGGAGCUCAUGAUGAAGCGAAGGCUAUUCCCAUUCUUCCUGAUGUCGGAGCAAGGCUUGUGCAAGAGCCUGGACAGGGAUGCCUGGCCCGUACGCCACUGUGUGUCCCUAGGCAUGGAGGUCAUGUGUGCCCAGUCCCUCUGCCACACACUGGGCCUGUAUGGUGAGCAGGUGGGCCACCUCCUGUGUGUGCUGAAGCAGAACUCCUUCCUGCUGCCAGUGCAGUCCCAGCUGGAGCGGCUGGUCCACUCGCUCUGGUCCUCUCCGCCAACAGAUGGAGCCCGUGUCGCGGCCACCGUCCUCAGUAACCCUGCAUACCUCGCCGAGUGGCAGGAGGGGCUUCGUGGGUGCGUGGAGCGGUGCAUGUUGAACCGAGAGCAGCUGAGGGAGAAGCUGAGGCUUCUGGGAUGUCCAGGGCAGUGGGACCACCUGACCAAUCAGACCGGCCUCUACUGCUGCACGGGUCUCAAUGGCCGCCAGGUGGAGUUUCUGAGCAGGAGGAGGCACGUGUACAUCAUGCCCGAUGGCUGCCUGAACAUCAGUGCAAUCAACAGCCGCAACAUAGACUAUGUGGCAGAAUCCAUUCAUUUAGCUCUGACCGCCCUUUGAUUAGUGGAGACAGGACAUGCUUUAAUUUAUAUAUAUACGGUAUAUAAUAUUUAGACGGAAAGACUUUAUUGGAGAUUAUUGAAGAAUACAUUGAGUCUGUUCAUUGUUUUAUCCCAUGAAACACCUUUGAGUUUCACUUUUCA